AUGGAUGGUCUAGUAACUCAUCAUACAGAUAAGCAGCGCAUGCAUGCAGCAGCAGCAGGAGGAGGAGGAGGAGGAGGAGGAGGGGGAGCUCCUGGAGGAGGAGGAGGAGGAGCAGGAGGAGGA